CAAUGCUGCAGUUGCGUCGUCGGCGGCGCACGAAGCGGACGGAUCGGGACGUGCCGCGCGCGUGCUCGAAACGGUCCGGACGCCCUUAGCGAAAAAGAAAGCGUCACACGAGAUAAACAACUCAUCAAUUAAACAGUCAUAUAAUUUGUUCAAGUUAUACGAAAAGAAGCAAAAAGAAAAAGAUGCGGAAGUUUAUUAAUGCGAUACUGGAGCGCUCUCCGAGCAAACAGAAGAUGCUGGAGAAGCUGCCAUCGCGGCCCAAGUCACAGAGUGAGGUGAUGCGCAUCACCUGCAUACUGAUUGCCAUCGUGUUUUUCGUCACUAUCGCAUUGGUGACGACACUGGCGAUCCUCGGCGUGAUGAAGACCAUCUAUGUAUGGGCGCUGCUCACCACCGACAUCAACGAGGAGCAGAUGCUCAUCGAACACAAGUUGCACAACCAGGCGAAUAUUCAGAAGUUGAAUAAGUCGCUCGAUCGCGAAACGAUGUAUUCAUCAAUCUGCUUGAUCGUGGCUGGUUUCGGUUUCCAACUCUCGUGCGCUUGUAUAGUUCUGCUCUACGGUCUGCUAACGAAGAAAGCGCAGGCGAUCUACGCCUGGAUAAUCUUCUCCUGCACAAACCUUGCCUGUCUCGGCAUCGUACUGCUCUUUAUGGAUCGUUUUACAAAGAUCCCCAUCGACAACAAAGGCGUCGAUGCGUGUCUGGAGUGUUUCGCCGUAGCGGUCGUAUUCUACGACGUGCUGCUCUUCUAUCACAGCAAAUCAAUGGCGCCCAAGAAGGAAAAGAUCGUCGUGAAGGCAUACGGCGGGUACACGCACACCGUCAGCCCUAAUCUGGAGCUGCCGGCCAAACCUGCAGAGAACUACAUCGUUUAGACUAUAGACCAACCACACUCAGAACAACAAGAACACAUAAACAGCCCACCCAAACAAACAAAGAGAAAUCUAACGUCCUUCCUUUGAGUUUAUCUUCGAUUUACUUAUCGGCGCGAGUUCGCGUGCGCAUUUCUAACGAUACUCGUAGUCUAAUCAACGAUAUACCCGCAUUAACUUAUAAUGCAUCGGUGCCUCUAUACUUGUACUUUCGAAUCGCGGCCCAACGAUUUGCCGAAAGGACCGCAUGUAAGACACGUAUGCGAAGAGAGUUGCGUUAAUGUUAAUCUAUAUUAUAUUGAAUCAUUUACGAAUGUUGACUACAUCAUGUAAGAUCUUUCAAUUCGUCUAUAUGUGACGACGCGCAGCCGCCGACGGAGAGAAACUUGUUUUCCGCGAAAAUUUAUUUCUUUUACUCUAGAAUCGGGCGAGUUUGCGCGCGCCAUUUUACGUAGCGUCUUAAAAAAAAGUAAUAUUUUCAGUGAGAACGAACAAUGCCUUUUCCAAAAACAUUUAAAAAAAAAAAAACUAUAAAGUACGUUUGCAACAUGCAAGAAAACUUAUGUAUGUUGCUUAGACACUUGACGAGUAGAAUAUCAAUUUUCUGUGAUAGAAAAUCAUUUGUAAAAGUUAUGGCUCUCUUAUUAACUUAUUGCUACCUUAUAACCAUAUGAAAAAUGUACUUAAUUCGAUAUUCUGACAAUAAAAUUAAAUCAAAUGGA